AUGAGUGAUAUCAAAGAAGAUGGGUUUGCGAGCAGCGAAAUCUUGAGCAACCUCGCGACUGCAUUUGAGAAGAUGUCAGACUCGGAUCGCAAAGCUCAGAUCAAAAAGACGAAUGGUGUUUUCCAAAUCGAUGUCAAGAAUGACAACGGCAAGACAGCUACUUGGACAAUCGACCUCAAAGAACAAGGCAAAGUAAGCAAAGGGGCGCCAAGCAAGAAAGCCGAUGUCAUCAUGACCCUUGCCGAUAAACACUUUGUCGAGCUCUCCGAAGGCAAGCUGAAUGGUCAAAAGGCAUUCAUGACGGGUCUUUUGAAAGUCAAGGGAAAUGUCAUGAUGGCUACCAAGCUGGAUGCCGUACUGAAGACUGCCAAGGCAAAGCUGUGA